UAAGGUAACUGGGAUCGUCCAUUUUUCAUAAUAAAAAAUUAGUCAUCAACUUAAAUUAAACUUAGUGUGACAGAACAGUCAUCCCUCGGGCUACGCUUUUUUUCCUCUCAUAAUUGUGAAGAGAAAUAAGGUUUUAAAUGAUCUCUUAUGUGGGGUCAAAGAAUGGCAGGGGAAAUGGCUUUCCUCAUUUUUUUGGUAAGAUUUGAACUCUGUGUGUGUUUUUUUCUUUUUUCUGCUCUAAAAUGGAACAGCCACAAGUACCUGCCGCCAGUGUCAAUCUUACGGCCGAGACAGCAGUUAUAUGGCCUCUAUUUGAAGCCGAGGCUGUACAUAACUGGCAAAAAGAGUUGGGAGAAACAGUUGCAAAACACUUGACAAAUUGUGGCUUUAAGUCUAACCUCAAGGUUGCUGGUUGGAUUUGAAUGAAAAAUCUCUUGUUGUAGUUUUAGAGGCUAGUCGUAUUGCUUUUUAAAUGGAUCAGAGUUGAUACUCCAUGUCCUGGGCAUUCUACAAGGGAGUGUCCUAUUGAAGAGGGCAGAGGACAUAGGUAUUCAGGGAGGAAUGACAGGUGUGGAGGUGGAGGAGGUGGUGGUGGUGGUGGACAUUGUGGUCCUGAUCGAAAUGGUGAUCAAUCUGGCAGGCACAAUAGAGAUUGUACUCAAGGAGGAUCAGGAAAUGACUGCUAUAAUCAGGACUUUUCUGGUCCCUAUGGACGUUGUGUUACAGGAAACUUCUGUUCAGGGUAGAAAGAAUACUCCUGAUAGCAGUGCAAUUGAAGAUACUGCUGUUUCUUGCUGGAGUUGUCAAAGUCUGUUCUGUUGCAUCUCUUCUUCAUGGUUCUCUGGGUGGACAAAUCUGCUUGAUCAGACUGUUGAUGUGUGAACUUUGGCUAAAAGAUCUGACUGUAUAAUGUCUGUGAAUGCUCGUUUUGAUGUUUUGGUCCAGUGACAUUGCUUGCUGGACUUAAACAAUCAAAUUUGGCCAUACCAUUUCAAUGCUAUGAUGGGUACUGGAUUCUAUUUCA